UCAGUCCAGAAAGUUUGUUCAUGUCACAGAGGUGGAAGACCUGAAAAGUCAGGGUUGAGAUAUUUGAUCGGCAGUGAGAUUAAGUGCUGUGCAUAAUUUUAUUAAGCUUAGACUUCUUAAGGAAAGUUAUGUAUGUGUGAAAACAGUAAAUAAUCGAGGAUUUUUUCUGACAUACUAGAUGUUUUUGGUUGACUGAACCUAGUUUUGUCCAUAUAUAGAUGUAAUUUUGUACAUUCAUAAAAGAGUUUCAUAUUGUAUGCGAUGAACUUCCUAGAUAAAGAUCGACUUUAACUUUCAUACGUAAUUAUGCAAUUUCUUCAAAGUGCAAUAUUAAUUUCGAAUUUGAGGAUAAUUUAGUGACUGGAUAAUAACCAUAGGUAAAUCAAUUACCUUUACCAUGCGAAAUAGUGUAUACUCAGAUUUCUUACUUUUCUGAGACACCAUUUUUUGACUAAUUUGGUAACUUAAUGUAAAAUCAUUGUAGUGUAUAUGGAUAACCUGACAUUUACAUACACUUCAAAUUAGACUGGUAAAUAUGUUUUCAUGAUUUCUUAACUUGGAUGACAAUAUUGGGUUUUUUACCUGGAGGUGUUAAUUUUGUACCUGUAAAAAGUUGUUUAUUUCUUACCUAUGAUAAUGACCAGGUGAGUUGUAAUCACAAUCAACAUAAUUGACUUUAAUACUGUAAAACUUUUAACCAUUGUAUAAGUAAAGGACUCAGGAAUUUUACAACUUUUAUGUACAUUUCAAUGGAUUUUUGGAUAUUUAUAAAUAGCAGGAAACAUGUGACUUGAUGGAUUGAUAUAUGUGAUAGUUUUGUGAUGAUGGAAUUUAAUUACAGUUUGAAUAGAAUGACUAUAGGUUAGUAAACAUGACAUACAGACUGUAUGCAUCGUCAGAAUCCCUGGAGGUGGUGGAUAGCCCCACUCUGUCAACACGCAGCCUCCCAGGGGUAUAUAAAAAAAGGUAUUUACAGCUGAGUGAUGAAGAUUCUCUCUGUUCAUCGUAUGAAUGUUUGAAUGACAUCAAUGUAUCUGGAAAUCGAAGGUUACGACAGAUAUCCACAUCAGAUAGUCAGGAUCUGUCCGACAUGUCACCCAUGUCAGCUUCUGGUGACUCCCCAAGAUUACCCAAUACCUCUGUUAACUAUGGCAAGAAACGUAGGGCUCCUCUACCACCCGUUCAUGUAUCUAUCAAAGAACCUGAACAUUCAAAACGUCAAACUCAGGAUGAUUUCUACUUAGAAAGAAGGUUAUCUAGAAUUGAGGAGGAUAUAGAAAAGAGGAGACGGCCGAUAUCAAGCUACAAUGCUCCAUUAAUAAAUAUACAUUCACCAGAAGAUAUAUCUCCGCGUUUAUCUUCAUCACAACGAUUUCGUAUGAAGGCAGCCAUGAUACUGUCAUUACAUUCACCAAAACUUAAUCGUAGAGACACUCAGGGUUCAAAGAGAAAGGGGAAAAAGAAACUUUUGAAUCAGUCGUUUGAGGAGCUUGAUCCUGAAGAUGUUGUGUACUGUUAUUUAUCACCAGAUUUACAUGAAGAAUAUGAUUUUGAGGUUCAAAGGAUACCUGAGUAUGACAAGUACUUAAAUGAUCUUCUUGAUGAAACAGAUCCAAACCAUCAAGACUAUGAGGAACUCAGCCGAGCUACCUCAAGAGUCCAAAAUAUGGUAAAGGAGCAUGAGGAUGAACUUGGAACGUCAGAAAAUCAAACAAAAAUGGAUAGUAUUCAGCUACGAUUCCCAAAUGAUAACUUACAACUUGAUGAUAAUCAGCAGAAGCGAACUUCUUCAACGAAAAGAAGAAAGUCUGCACCAGGAGCUAUUCUACUUAAAAGUAUCGGGAAAUCUAAAAGUUCCAGUAAUUUGUGGGCUGGUGCAAGCAUGGGGAAAAAAGAAACUGAUUUGGCGAGUCCUGCAUCCAGACUCCCAAAUCAAGAAAAUCGUCAGUUUGUGAUGGAAGGUCAAGUUCAGUUUGCUACAGGUGUACAGAUACAAGAUAGAUAUAUGUUCCUAUUUAAUGACCUUUUACUGGUAGCUAAACAGAAGACAUCAACAACAUUCAAGUUGAAGCAGAGAGUAAGAGUCUGUGAAAUCUGGUUAUCAGAAUGCAUAAAUGAUGUCACUGAAUUGACGAGGUCUACAGAACUGUCGUUUGUUAUGGGAUGGCCAUUGUGUAAUUGUGUUGCCACAUUCAAAACACUUGAUCUGAAACAGCAAUGGCUGACCAAACUAACUGAACAAAUUGAAAAUGAAAGAUUGAAAGAACAACCAAGGGUGAUCAAGUUAAAAGUUGUCAGUAGAGAAAUAAGUGAGCCAUGCAUGGUUGACGUAGAUACUAAUAUGGAUGCUCAAAAAGUCCUUAAGGAAUGCAUGGCCCAUUCCCAUUUAUCUGAUUCCGAUCCCAAGGAUUACCAGAUGUGGGUGAGAUAUGGUAAAGAGGACAGUCCCUAUCCACUAAUUGGUCAUGAAUUACCGUAUAGUAUUAAAAUGAGUCAGUUGAGAGAUAGCUACCAGUCAAAGAACGGAGACGUAACACUGCCAUCAAACGGAGAAAUUCUUGACCUGAAUUCUGCGGGAAGCAAUGUUGAAUAUAUUCUAAAGCACAGGAAAUCCACAAAAAAGACAAAUUUAGACGAAAACUCCUCAGGAAAAAGUAUGAAGAAACCAAGACGUUCACCAUUUAGUAUUUUUCGUCGUGGUAAAGAUGACAAAAAUAAUAAUUCUUCUCCAACUGGAAAACUGUUUGGAAGACCUUUGGAUGACCUGGUCAUAGAUGGAGGUCUACCUAAAGCUGUUAUGUGCCUGCUAAGGAUAAUGUACCGUGAUGGUCCAUAUACAAAAGGAAUAUUAAGGAAAUCUGCAAACUCUGUGAAAUGUAAAGAAAUCCAUGAGAAACUGGACGAAGGAGAAGAAUGUCUUGAUGAUAAUACUCAAACACUAGUUGUUGGUGCAGUUCUCAAGGAUUAUUUAAGGAAUCUACCUCGUUGUCUGUUAUUGGAAGACCAUUAUAAUGAAUGGGUGGCCCUAAGUGAGCAGGACGACUCCUCAGCAAAAAUGAACAAAGUUAAACAAUUGCUGUUUAAGUUACCACCUUCACACUUCGACCUUCUACGCCAUUUAAUCUGUGUUUUACACCAUGUUCAGGAAAAACACAGUGAAAACAUGAUGACCUCAUAUAAUUUAGCCGUGUGUAUCACACCUAGUAUUCUGUGGUCUAAGGAGCAAAUCAAAGACCCAAUGGCCACCCAAUCACCACAUAAGGCAAUAAUGUACCUGAUUGAUAAUUGUGGUUCCAUUUUUGGUGUAGAAACGCUAAGUCUGUUUGGGGAUGAACAGAAAAUCAGACAAGACUCAAGUACAGAUUCAGAUAGUGUACAUAGCUAUCUCAGUACACAAGAUUCUGGAAGUGGAAUGCGCCCAGAUAACUCUUCUAUGGAUAGCCUAGAACAUGAUUUAUAUGGAGAAUUUGAUUCCAGUCCAAAUCUUGUCAAAAGCCAUUUAUCGCCUUCAAAUCUAAGCCGAGAUUCAGGACUUACUCUUAGUGAUGCUCAGUUAUAUGAUGACGAUGGUAGCAUGGAGAAUUUAACAGACAGAAAAAAUUAUAAUAGGAGUAUAUCGCAAUAUAUGGAUCGUGAUUCUGACAAAUCAAAACAUUCAGAAAAUGUGAGUCGUAGCUAUGAAACUUAUGAAAAUCCUAAACCUCCUCCAAGGAAACAUAAAAAGCGUGAAUACUCAAUUGAAAAGGACCAAGUGACCAAAGGUGUUAAAAAUACAAUGCAUCAAAGUUAUAGUGCCGAAGGUUAUCAAAAAUACAAACGUGCCUCAGCCGAGUCUUUACAGUCGUUAGAAGAUCACGACGAUCAACGGGUAACUCCAUAUGAAUUUUUACGCCAAUCAGAUUACGGAACAUUAAUCAAAUCUUCAAGUGGUGCUCAUUUAUUUCUAGAUGAAAAUAAUAGGGAAUCAAGCAAUAAUAACUUACGCUAUGUAUCAGAGAUUGAAAUUCAAACUCAACGCUCUCCACAAGGAGGAAAUGGAAAAUUGACACGACAAGCUUCAGUUACUGAAAGUAAUCCUCCUAUGUCACCUACUUCUAGACUGUCAUGUGGAAGUUCUUUUGAUAGUGGAAUUCCUCAUUCAUUAUCUUGUUCUUCAUUCAUUCAAGGACAAACGUCACAUGAAAGUGAUUCACAUUAUUCCGAAUGUAGCUCAAGUAGUGAUCGAUUACGACAGAGUCAGGAUGAUAACUCAUUAAACAGUCAGUAUUCUAGUGCUAGGAGGACAAGUCCCUCUAAAAAAUAUGUGAACUCUCUGAUAUCGCCACCUAUCUCACCGAAAAAUUCCCGUAAAGUGUUCAAUACAAACUCUAAGGAAAGUGUUUCAGUGAGGAGAUCAUUUCCUUUAGAACUUUCCAAUCCAUCUAAAGGAUCUGGAUCACACAGUUACAAGGAAGCUGAGGACAUUAUCAAACCAAGAUUUGAGCUUUCUACUUAUGAAUUUAAUGAACAUAAAGAAAAUGAUCACAUGUCCCCAAUUUUACAAACAAAAUAUGGAUCUAGCGCUUCUGCAAAUGAUGUUCGACAGAAUUUGCCUUUAAAGGCUUUCACCAAAUAUGGACUAGGAACAUCACCGCCACCUGGUGUAGUAUUGAAAUUACACCAGAAACAGCAAAAACGUGAUAAUACACCAAUGCGUGCAAGUCAUGACAGUGCCAUUAUUUCACAAGUACGUAGAAAUAGCACCGAUAGCUCAGGAAGUGAUCAAAAGAGGGAACAUGAAUUUCAUCAUUCAGAACUUAAUAUUGGAAAGUUAAGCACACCUCCAUACCCUCUUGUGAAAAGUGACAGUGAUAGUGAUAUCAAUAGAACUUUAUCAAACUCACCAAAUCGACCAGAUAGGCCUCCAUCUUAUGAUGAGGCUUGUCAGAGAACUUUUAUGCUUAAACAUGGAAUUCCAUUAGAGAUUUCCGAACAGGAUAGCCAGAAACAAAAGGAAGCAAGUUUACUUGCAAAACAAUUGUAUGAAGAAUCCCUACGCAAAUAUAUGGAGGAGCAUUUAAAUAGCCCAAGUGUUCAAAAUAUUGACCGCAAGGAAAUUUCAAGAAAGGAGGAGGUAAUAAUAGAACAGGAGGAGGGUGGCAGUGAUUCCUCUGAUGGAAACGAAGAGGAUACUACACUGACGAAGAAAGACCCAAAGAAAAUUUGGGAAGAAUCUAUGAAAGCUUAUGAGCAAAUCAAAAGUAGUUCACUGGAUACUUCCUCGGCCAAAAAAUCAUUGAUUCCUGAUAGUAGCCUUUUAUCACCUGUUGCAUUACAUCGUAGUGCAAGUGACUCAUCUGACAAGGCUGGAACACUAAGCAGGAGGAGUCCUACACGGGAAAAGUCUCCUCUAGCUACGGACAGGAGAAUACAUGAGGUUAGUCGCAAUUCAUCACCAAAUGCUCAGUUGAACUACUCAUCUUCUAGUGUAUCCAAUAGUUCUUCAGAUACUGUCACAGAGAGUCAACAAAUUCCACCAUAUCGACGGGAUCGAUCAGAUUCGAGUCCUGUAUCAAGUCGUCACUAUUUUCCCAAAACUUCAGACAAUUUUGCUCAAAAUCGUAGUGCUCACCCUCAACAACGAAGCUCAAUUGAACAAAUUCAAAGUAGGGAAUCUUCAGUAGAGACUAGAUACUCGUACAAAUCUAGAGACUUCUCACGAUCUCAGGACCGUUCAAAUUUAUACUCUAGAGAUGUGGAACAAAAAGAAACUAGUGUGAUAAGAGACUCUGCUAAACCACGAUUUUUCACAGGUGCUAGAGAAAGUAGUAAAAGUCAGGAACAAUCUCCUAGUAAAACUGUAGGUGCUAGUGUGACAACUAAAGUUGAAUCUAAAAAUUCAAUUCAAUGGAAAUCAAAAAGAGAACCAGUAACUACUCCAAAGAGAGACUCUUCCGCAGAUUUACCGUGGAGUGUUAAAAACUUACGUUCUGUAUUUAACAGUUCGGGACAGUCAUCAGUGAGUAGUUCAAGUGAAUCACGUCCUCCGCCUCCUCCAUACCAACCUCCUCCUCCAUUUCGUCGUGACAAUGCUCGAAUGAGUUCCUCCUCGAGUAAUAGUAGUUGUAGUAGUUCUAAUACAGACAAUAGUGCAAACAUUCCACAGACUAAAUCAUCUCUGUCACAUAGACGUUUAGGUGGGCCACAAGCCCAUGACAGUUUCAGUGAUGAUUCUGAUACUUCUAGUCGUAGCUCAGGACUUCGUAGAAAUUCUACUAACAAUUCAUCCGAUCAGGAAUCGUGGACAUAUCUUGAUACGGAAGUGACGUUUGUGUAAUGCCUGUGAUACAUGUAUUUGUUAUGUUCUAUCAUGCCAUUAAUAUUAAUAAACAUUUAUGUAUGUUCUUCUCGGUAUACUUGUAUUGUAUGAAAAAGUUAAAUUUGAUAAAACAAAAAGAAUUGGAAAGAGGAAAUUUUAAAAAACUAAAUAUAUCAAAGAGAUACUUGAAAAAAAAUCAAAAGUUCUUAAGAAAUUUUUUUAAUACAAGUUUCAGACAAAAGGGAGAUUUUUUUUUGGCAGGGGGGUAAAUUAAAGGGAAGUCAUGCAGUAAUUGUUAACAUACUGAGAAUGUUAUUGGCAAUACCUCAGAUUUUACCUCAUAUAAAUGGUUGAUAUACUCUAAAAUAUUUGUAUAUCUAUUUUAUGUAUAAAUACAGAAUAAUACUCAAAUUGUACAUUUGUAAUUUGUAUAUAUGUAUAUCUGUCAAAAUGUGGUAUACUGUACAGUAUCUAUGUGUACAGUGUUCUGUUUGUAGUUUUGUACAUUUUUACGUCAAAAUCUUGUAAAGUCUUCACAUCUUUUCUCCAAGAUGGAAUUUUAACCUGUAUUGUAAAUAGGUGAAAAAAAUUAAUCAAAUCUUGCCCAAAUUGUAUUUGGUAGUAAUUAAGAAAAGGAUGCCAUAUUUUAACUGUUGUAUAAUUUGUAGCAUUUCUUAUAUUCCAAGUGCCAAGUAUAUAAGGUGGACAAAUAACGAUUUAUUAUACACAGAAAGUAUAAAGAAAACAGUAUGGCAUGUUUAUAUAAAAUUGUGAAAGUGCUAUUAUUUAUUUAUAUUUUUAUCACAAAACAUGCACUGACUAAGAAACUUCAAAGUUGUCAUGGAGAUUUUUCUGAAUAGCAACGUUUUUAUAUACCCGUAUUAUUAAUGUCCUUACUAUAUAAUUUAUACAAAGGAAAUGUUUUAUCGAAACUUCAAUAGUAUUUUUAUAUGUUACCUAUUUAGCAAAUAAUGGAAAAUGUAUUCUAUUUUCUAUGAUUUACUAUGCAAUUAUAUAAACGAUGCAAUGGUUUUAUAUGUGAUGAUAUUUGUUACUGUAAAGUGUAGAUUUUAUUUGUUACUUUUGAUACACUGAACAUUUUGUAUCAAAAUGUCAUCAUGAAAACCAUAACUUGAUCAAAAUAAAAAAAUAAUAUGAAAA